UCCCUUCCGCUGUUAAAGGAGACGCGGCGCGGCGGCGGGGGUGCUUGUGGGGGUGGGGGGGGAAAGCGGGCGGCCCCUUUAAACUAUGCGCGGGGGGCGACCAUGCAAUGGCGGUCGGUGGUGCUGGGGCUGCUGCUGCUGAGGCUGGGGCUGCAGGCGCUGCUGGCGCUGCUGCCGGCGCUGGCGCCGGGCCUCUGCCUGCGCCGCCGCUUCCCUUUCCCCUUCCCGCCCUCGGCCGGCCCCUCGCACUGGGGCUCGCUGCUGCGGCGGGGCGGCGGGCCGGCGGCGGGCGAUGAGUACGAGCGGCGGUACAGCGGCGCCUUCCCGCCGCAGCUGCGGGCCCGGCUGCGCGACGCCGCCCGCGGGAUGUUCGUCUUCGGCUACGACAGCUACAUGCGGCACGCCUUCCCGCGGGACGAGCUCGACCCGCUCCACUGCCGCGGCCGCGGCCCCGACCGCCACGACCCCUCCAACCUCAACAUCAACGACGUGCUGGGGAACUACUCGCUGACGCUGAUCGACGCGCUGGACACGCUGGCGGUAAUGGGAAACUCCUCAGAAUUCCAGAAAGCAGUGAAGUUGGUGAUUGACACGGUUUCAUUUGAUAAAGACUCAACGGUUCAAGUUUUUGAGGCAACAAUCAGGGUUUUGGGAAGCCUGCUUUCUGCCCACAUAAUAAUUACAGAUACCAAACAGCCUUUUGGUGAUAUGACCAUUAAGGAUUAUGACAAUGAACUGUUGCAUAUGGCUCAUGACCUGGCAGUGAGACUACUUCCAGCCUUUGAGAACACCAAAACUGGAAUUCCAUAUCCUCGGGUCAAUCUGAAGAAGGGGGUACCCCCAGACAGCAAUAAUGAAACUUGUACUGCAGGAGCCGGUUCCUUGCUGGUGGAGUUUGGUAUCCUUAGCAGGCUGCUGGGCGAUUCCACGUUUGAAUGGGUGGCCAGGAGAGCUGUCAAAGCCCUCUGGAGUCUCAGGAACAAUAACACCGGACUGCUAGGAAAUGUUGUGAACAUUCAAACUGGCCAUUGGGUUGGAAAGCAAAGUGGCUUGGGAGCAGGGUCGGAUUCAUUCUAUGAAUACCUUCUGAAGUCUUACAUCCUCUUUGGAGAAAAGGAAGACUUGGAAAUGUUCAAUGAUGCUUAUCGGAACAUUCAGAACCACUUAAGAAGAGGUCGAGAGGCUUGCAACGAAGGUGAAGGUGACCCUCCUUUGUAUGUCAAUGUAAACAUGUUCACAGGACAGCUGAUGAACACGUGGAUUGACUCUUUGCAAGCCUUUUUUCCUGGACUACAGGUAUUGAUAGGAGAUGUGGAAGAUGCCAUUUGUCUCCAUGCUUUUUAUUAUGCCAUAUGGAAACGAUACGGAGCUCUCCCAGAAAGAUACAACUGGCAAUUGCAAGCACCGGAUGUUCCCUUUUAUCCACUGAGGCCAGAGUUAGUAGAGUCCACAUAUCUUCUUUAUCAGGCCACAAAGAACCCAUUUUACCUUCAUGUGGGAAUGGAUAUUCUGCAGAGUUUGGAAAAAUAUACAAAAGCAAAGUGUGGCUAUGCCACAUUACACCACGUUGUGGAGAAGACAAAGGAAGAUCGAAUGGAGAGCUUUUUUCUCAGUGAAACAUGUAAAUACCUGUACCUGUUGUUUGAUGAAGAGAAUCCACUGCAUAAAUCUGGAAAUAAGUAUAUGUUUACUACUGAGGGGCAUGUUGUGUCUGUGGAUGAACGUUUUCGUAACUCACUGUGGCAAGACAUCCUCCCUGAAGAAGAGGACAGAGCAGAAAAAAUUAAACCUAACGAAUUGAAGGCAGUCAACUUCAGCUCUAACUGUAACAGAGUUCCUGAUGAGAGGAGAUACUUGCUGCCAUUGAAGAGUAACUACAUGAGACAGAUUGAUCGAAUGGUGGGCUUGAUCUGAAUCAUUCUUCAGAGUAACUUCUACUGUAUGUCAAGAGGAGCAUGGGAUUUGGCUGUAGUCAUUCCUCUCCUCUUCAGCUACAUACCUGCAUAUGCUGAGUCACUUGGGUAUCCCCCAUGCUUCUUAGUUUGUAAUCAUGGACAUGAAGGGAGAUCGAGUUCUCCUUCGAGUUCUGUCUUCUGGACUGUGGUAACUCCAUGUGCCACCUGAAUAGAGAUUUCUUGUUUUAAGACUUCCUAUGAAAAAUGCUUGUUGCAAAUGAAGGCUGAAUAUACUUUAAAAGACAAAAAAAAAAAAAAAAAAAAAGAAGAAAAUUGGCACAUGCCGCUUAGCUACCUCUUUGUAGCUGUAUUACAAAUGUCCCUUUAGAAAAGGGUCUAGUAUUUAAUUUGAAAUGAUUUUGGGAUUGGGGAAGGAAUGGGAAAGUGCAAUUUCUUACACCAAGUUUAAUCAUUGAAUUAUUCUGACUAGCAAUACGCAACCUUAAGUACUACUCAGGUAGCAACCCACUGGUAAUGGGUUUUGCUGAAACAAAAACGGUCUAUCUGGAAUAGUUUCUUGAAAAGAGAACUCCCGAUCAUAUAAAAAGCUGUCAGUAUAGCCAUGAUGUCCCUUAUAUACACAGUUGUGUGGAACUGCAUGGUCACGAGAGCCUGUAGCUACAGAAACCAGUAAUAAAACAUAUCAGGUGCCUUUUUUUGUAAGGGAAUGGGGGGGAGGGAAGGGGAAACUGCAAAGCCACUCAGCUUUCCAAGCAGCUAACUUGAUAUAGCUUAGCUGAGCAGAAGUUCCAAAAGUUUUGUGGUUUGCCAUGUUUCUAGUGCCUUUUUGGGAAAGAUGCUGCUAAGAACUGGUAUAACAGUGCACGAAGAACAAACUAUUUUGCAUUCCUGACAGCAUUAAUAUGUCAGUGCCUUAAGUUUUCUUCACUAGCAGGAAAAACGGAGCUUGCUUGGGAAGAUGGAUAAAGUAUUUCUGAUUAGCUGGUUACAAAAUACAGCGGAUCCCAAAGUAACGUAAAAAGUAACUUGUGUAUGAAAUAAAUUCUUUUUUUUUUUUUUUUUUUUUUAAAUACUGGAAGGAUAUCAGCCUCUGUGCUCAUCCCAAAGAAUAUUUCUGGGCUGGAUUUAUUCUCUGUGUCAGUGUUAGUAAUGGGGCUGCCUCUGCAUCGCCCUGGGGAGGGAGUUAGCCAGGUCUGAGCCUGCAGUGGUGACUUCCCCUGCGCCCUGGCUGCAGCCGCUGUCGAUGCCGGCUGCGGUGCUGCGCUCUGCCUCCUGGUGAGGAACGGUGGGAGCCGGCCGUUGCUCCAUCCUGGCAUCCCGAAACGCAGCUCAGAUGGGUUUGGGGAAUUACUGGCUCUGGACUUGCAGGAAGAAAGCGGUUAAAUUUAGGCAGGGCUGUUGAGGGAUGAAAACAAACCGAGGCCAAAACAACUUAUUCUAAAUAUAACAGGGUUUUUUUUCAGUGGCUCCCCAUUGCUUACAUGCCUUUUACUUUUGACUACAGUUGGAGUAGUUGAAUGAUACUGUUGGGUUAAUUAUUUUUAAAUUAAGGCUUAAAUAUAAGGGCAAACUUGAUCUGCUGUUUUUUCACCUUCUUAUAACAACAUUGGUUUUCAUAAACCAUAUGUUGCGGCUCAGAACAUUUCUAACAAAUACAAAGUUAGCGCUGAAGAGGUUAUUGUUUGAAUCUUUUAGUAUACAGGUGCAACUCAGGGACUUCAUCGUAGAAUCUUCUAUUCCAUGAUAGUUGGAUCUUGUAUUCAGGCAAAAAAAAAAAAAAAAAAAAAUAAUCCUGUCUUCUUACUCUUAUUGUGUGUGUAUUAAGGGGGGGCAGAGGGCUGGAGCAGGGAGAAGGAAAUAUGUUAAGGUUUCCCAAAACACUGCAACAGAAUUGGUUGCCUCGAUGUUUGAGGCAGCUGGCAAUCCCAACUCCUGUAGAAUUGGCUUUGCAAACCUAUCACUGGAAUGUCUUAGUUCCCUGUUUCAAAGCAAAAUAUAGAUUCAAGGUGUUAAGAUCCAAAGAGGUAUCGGGAGAGGUUCGAGGUGUAGCUUCCUAACAGGUAAAUGUGGUCUGGGUGUGCAGGUACGAUUUGGUUUCUAGACAUGUAAAGGAGCGCAGGAGGGUGUGUAAAGGGGGCUGCUUUCCACCAGCCGAGGGAGGCAGAAAGCACAAAUGUCUGGGCUUUCUGAAAUGCUGCUGCCGGGCCAGACCUUCUGAAAUGAGAAGUGUAGCUCUGAAAUGAGAAGUGCUUGGUAGCCCUGGAAGCCAAACGCAGCGUUCCACAACUGGCCGUUUAAAAUUGUGGCGUAGCGGGUGCCGGGACAGUCGUUGCCUUGGCUGUCUCGGGGGCUGCUUCUGGUAAUGAUUUCUCCCCCAGCUCACAGUUUAGCUCCCUGAAUGUGCGUUACGUACUUUGCAAUCACCUCGCAGUUGUUUUGUGCCUUCUGAAGCACCUGAACCCCGGUGCGAGUUCCAGCAGAGUGUGAGGCCCAGAAAUCUGUUUCCGAGUUUUCCUCGGAGAAUUGCACGACUGUGAUGAAGUUGCCCAACUGUUCUGCCACUGUGCUUUAUCCCUCUUGGGGGGGUGCCAGAAUUAGAGCUGUGGGGUGGGAGCAGUAUGGGCAGGUAUUGCAGCCUUUCAGCCCUCAGUGACGUGGACUGUUAGUUACAGUGCCAAACAGGAUAUGGUCAGCUUCUCAUUAGAAACUGCAUUGAAAUUUGUGUUGCCAGGGUGACCUGACAGUCAUCUUUCCAUAGGAAUGGUUUUUAUUUACAAGGAGGACUGGUGCUGGCUACGUGGUAAAAGGCUUUGUAUUCUUCAAGAGGCCAAUUUUUCUUCCUUUUUGUUUUAAAAAUGCUUUGAUGCAUUUUUACUCUCUAAUGGCAGGGCACAUGUUAUGCACUAAAAUUAAAACGUUUGUAUAAAUCGAUGAUAUCAGAAUGAAAUUGAUAACACUGCUGGAAUAACUUGCUGAAACAGACUUUUGUAUUUCUUGGUAUAAUGUGCAAUAUCAAUUUUUCCAAAUUAAAAAUGCAAUGUAUGCUUAAUUGUUAUUCUUCCAUGAAGUAUUUAAUUGGGAAAGGGAAAUUUUUAAGAGGACCAAAUGCUCUUUCAUGAAAUGUCCUAAACUUUCAAAACUGAGCUUAAAUUUUACAAAUCUACAUUAAAAAAAUGGUGUAUUUGA